GAGUCGGGCGGCGCCCUCUCUGGGAUAGGAUAGGCUGUCCGGUGGAUUCGUCCCCGGGACCGCCCCCCUUUUUUGGUCGUCCACUUCCGCCUCUGUGUUGGCUCCUCACGGGCGUCCACUGUCGGCGCUGUCCCCAUCCGAGGAGUAAAUACGCACCUGGGCUUCGCUAACCUCACAGCGUCCCCCUGCCUUUCUCUCUGCUCUGGAGACAGAGGAGCCUGAAGAGUGACAGAUACUCCCUUGUCUACAGGAAAGACAAUGUACUAGGGAAAUCUCCAUCGGGGAACAGCAGUAGUGAAAAUGAACAAUGAAGACGAAUUCUAUGAUGCCGUUACAGGCUUGGACUCCGAUGAGUCCUGCGAAGGCACGUCGGAGGCCAGCUUCAAGGAUGCCAUCGUGUUCGACGGGCAUCCCAAGGACAACGGCGCGCCUUUGCAAGAGAAUGGAAUCAAGAGGCACAGAACGACUUUGCCGGCACCUAUGUUCUCUCGUAACGACUUCAGUAUUUGGGGAAUUCUGAAAAAAUGCAUCGGCCUGGAGCUGUCCAAGAUCACCAUGCCCAUAGUGUUUAACGAGCCCCUGAGCUUCCUGCAGCGCAUCACUGAGUACAUGGAGCAUACAUACCUCAUUCACAAGGCAGGCUCCUUGUCUGACUCGCUCGACCGCAUGCAGGCUGUUGCCGCCUUUGCCGUUUCUGCCGUGGCGUCCCAGUGGGACCGAACUGGAAAACCUUUCAACCCACUGCUGGGAGAGACCUACGAGCUGACGCGGGAGGAGCAGGGCUUCAGGUUAAUCUCGGAGCAGGUGAGCCACCACCCCCCGAUCAGCGCCUUCUUUGCCGAGAGUCUCACUGGCGACUUCGUGUUCCACGGCUCCAUUUACCCCAAACUCAAGUUCUGGGGCAAGAGUGUAGAGGCGGAGCCACGGGGGACCAUCACACUGGAGCUGCUCAGGCAUAAAGAGGCCUACACGUGGACAAACCCUUUCUGCUGUGUACAUAACGUCAUAUUAGGCAAACUCUGGAUAGAGCAGUACGGCACUGUGGAGAUCGUCAAUCACAGUACUGGUGAGAAGUGUGUGCUGAACUUCAAACCCUGUGGCAUGUUUGGCAAGGAGCUACACAGAGUGGAGGGCUACAUCCAGGACAAGAGUAAAAAGAAACGCUGUGUAAUCUACGGCAAGUGGACGGAGUGUCUGUGGAGUGUUGACCCACAGGCGUUCGAGGCGUACAAGAAGGCCGAGAGGAAGGGAGACAUUAAGAAGCAGAAGCAGGAGGAGGUCACAGGAGCCGAGAACGAGGACGCCGACGAGAUGCCGGACGUGCAGGAGACCGUGGCGGUCAUCCCGGGCAGCACACUGCUCUGGAGGAUAUCGUCCCGACCCGCUCACUCUGCGGAGAUGUAUAAUUUCACUAACUUCGCUGUCACCCUGAAUGAACUGGAGCCGGGCAUGGAGGCCGUGCUGGCCCCCACAGACUGCCGUCUGCGGCCCGACAUCCGGGCCAUGGAGACCGGAGACAUGGAUCUGGCCAGCAAGGAGAAGGAGAGGCUGGAGGAGAAGCAGCGGGAGGCUCGCAAGGAGCGGGCCAAGGAUGAGCAGGACUGGUCCACGCGGUGGUUCCAGUCAGGCACAAAUCCAUAUGUGGGAACCCAGGAUUGGAUCUACACUGGGGGGUACUUUGAUAGGAACUACACUGACUGUCCUAAUAUCUACUGAUGGUAUGGGGGCGGGGCCAUGCCUCCCCACGUCCCUUCACAAAAUCUUCACAAUGUCUCCAGUGGGAACUCUGAAAAUCCUUAGAUGCAUCUGUUCCUUUUGUUUUUUAUUCGGCACAAUUUCCAACAUCCAUAUGAAUACCCCUGCAUAUACGUAGCCGGUUCUGCCUGAACCCGUCACAACAACGUAAAAAUCAGGGAUUUAAACCAUCGCUCGACUGUAGAAAUGUAUUUGGAGACGAGUCGUCCAAUAUGUCUCAGUUAUGAAAUGUGAGGCUUUAUUUUGUAUGUGGAAUAUAUUUUGCUAACCUCAGUGUCAUUAUUGGGAAUGAAAUGGCAGAAUGGAAAUAAUCAAGGCAGGAAAGUUGGUUAAGGAACGUGGAAUGGCUUUGCACGGUCAAAGUUUGUACUAGUGGCAGGACAUGGAUGCUGAACCAUGGAGCAAGGUGCUUUACGGUCAUUUAAACGUAUAGCUGUAUAAACUGGUAAUGUGUAAAUGUUAAGCUAUGUAGAUAGGGGCUUCUGACAAAUAAAAAAAAAAUGUAAUCAAAGUUUUAAAUGGUGUUUCUCAGCUAUUGGGAAAGGUUAAUAUGCACACUUUUGUUUGAGACCUUAACCUGACAGUCCUAAAAUAAGGCACAAUUUUCUAGGUGUCUAGAGUUAGAUGAUUAAUAGGUAUUUACCGUUUCAUUAAUCAAUAUGUCCCUGUAUGCGCUGAUACCUAAAUCACCUGGCAUUCUGGAUGGACUGUUUGCUGUUGAAUAGGCGCAGUAUAAACACUGCAACACCUUGUAUUUUUGUUGUCGCUACCUUUUGCGUCUGUGUGUUUCAAACUGAUAGCUUAGGAUUCAUCUCAGUACAAUAUGAACAUCAUUUGCUAUCCCUUAGCAGAUUCACAUGAGGCUUGAAUUAAUACAUAUUAACUUCCAAUGGUACAGACCACCGAAAUUGUUCGAUCUCUCCCACCUCAGCUUUAACAGAGUAUUCGGAUCUUCAGGUACACAUUUAAUUUUAGUAUAAAGAUUAACACUUAUUUUUGUACUAAAAUGUUAAAAUGAGCCUGAAACAUUGUUUCAGUCAUUUGCAUUAUUUAUAAGAGCACCGGAAUAUUGUGCUUUGAUCCUCUGCUUGUCUCAAAGAGUAGGCUGCUGGUUGGCCCGCUGAGGGAUGUUUUGAAAUAGGAUUGACCAAUGGGCUGACUGAUGCAUGUGAGCAGUGAACAUGAAGAAUAGCUAGUGAUAAAGGAACCUGUACGAAGAUGUCCCUGUAUUGUAAUCCAUUAUUUGGAGGACUUUGCAAAAACAAAUGUUAAAGCUUUUCACAUUUUUAAUCGCGAAAGGCCCUUUGCCAAAACCUAAUAUUAACAUCUGAAUAUCAGUGGUAGACAGGAGAAUGAGCUGCUGGUCUCUUUUCUAUCAGUAUUCCUCGUUCUGUCUUAAUCCCGCAGUUAUAGCAUCUUCACACAAUCCUGACAGUUGAGCCUCGUAUGUACAGGACAGCAGUGACUGUGUAACCUGGCUGAUUUAAUGUGAAUUCAGUGAAACAUUGUAAUUAUGGGUUUUAACUCCUGUUUUCCUGCAUGCGUAUUGAACACAUUUUAAGUGACACAGUACGGCAGCUGCUUAGUACCCUGUUUUCCCAGUUUCUAAACUCACCCUAAGUGGAUUGUAAUAUUUACCACCAUUACCAUAGUAAGAUGUGUACGAGAAAGAUUGCCAGGACGUGCAUCGUGUGGAAAGUAUCAAGCUGAGUGGUUUUUGUGUUUGAUUCUUGAGUGCAUUUUAGUGUUGGAUGAUUUUUCUCAGCUCAGAAAGUGUGCCCCCACCUCGUAAAUAGUUUCCAAAUUCAAUAAUCAUUAUAUAAAAAAUAUAUAUAUAUUUAAAAAGUGUCUUUUUUGGAGUCUGUGAACCUAAGCACUGUUAGAAUGUGGUCAGCAACCCACCCCCCCCCCCCCC